AUGCGCUUUAACGUCAGUGGUCGUUACCAGGCUUUCGAGAACAUCACUGUCACGAAGCUGGUGGGUAUGGCAGCAUUUUCCCAACUGCUAGUAAUGACUACCUACUCAGCUGCUAUGUACGUGAUCCGAACCCGAGGUGGUGGACUUCCAGAUGUCCUCAAGCAGAAUAUACGCAUAUGGUUUUAUCUGGUCCCGAUGGCGACGUUCAUUGUGCCGUUGGUGUUGCUGUGCGGUCUUCGCGUCGUUUCCCAACAACGUCACACGAAUAUCGUGCGACUAACGAAGGAGAAGUGCGAUCAGUCUGCUUACAUGACUAGACUCACACAAAUGUGGCAA